AUGGAGACCUGUGUUGGAGGAGAAGUUCCAAUGUCAAAAGGUAACAAGCUUACUAAAAAUCAGAGUCCAAAGAGUGAUGUAGAGAAAGUUGAGAUGGAGAGUAAACCUUAUGCUAAGUUUGUUGGUAGUCUCAUGUAUGCUCAAGUUUGCACUAGACCAGAUUUAUCCUUUGCAGUUGGUAUUUUAUCUAGAUAUCAAUCUAAUCCAGGCCAUGAGCACUGGGUAGUUGGCAAGAAAGUGCUUAGAUAUUUGCAGAGAACUAAAGGCCACAUGCUAGUGUAUAAACAAGCUAAGGAAUUAAAGCUUGUUGGAUACACUGAUUUAGAUUGUGCAGGAAAUUAUCCAAGUUCUAAGAAAUCGACCUAUGGAUAUGUUUUUGUGCUUGUAGGUGGUGUAGUUGCUUGGAAAACCAUGAAGCAAAUCUUGAUAACUACAUCUACAAUGCAAGCUGAAUUUAUUGCAGUCUAUGAAGGGAUGUGUGAAACUUUAUGA